ACCAAAAAAGCCAUCAUAUAUCUUUUUACUUAACCCCCAAAAAAACAUCAUCUCCUUUCUCUGCUCAUCUCUCUACUGAACAAAGAGUCUCUCCAUGGGCAACCUCUGCGGCACUCCAGUCGAUGCCCACACCCCUCCUCCUACUAAACCUCCCUCCCCAGUGACUUCCCAUCGCCACAGUUCCACCACCACGCCACAGAAUCUCAAGGUUUAUAGUCUGUCGGAGCUCAAGACGGCCACCAAGAAUUUCCGACCCGACACGGUGCUGGGAGAGGGCGGAUUUGGAAGGGUUUUUAAAGGAUGGGUGGACGAGGUUACUUACGCGCCGUCGUCCAAGGUCGGCGUCGGAAUUCCCGUUGCCGUUAAAAAGUCAAACCCCGACAGCUCUCAGGGUCUACGCGAAUGGAAGGCGGAAGUGGAAUUUUUGGGGAAAUUUAGCCAUCCAAAUGUGGUGAAAUUGGUCGGAUAUUGUUGGGAAGAAAAGCAAUUUCUUCUUGUUUAUGAGUACAUGCAAAGGGGUAGUUUGGAAAACCACUUGUUCCGAAAAGGUGUAGAGCCUCUAUCAUGGGAAACACGAAUUAAAAUAGCUACAGGGGCAGCACGUGGUUUGACGUUUCUUCACACGUCGGAGAAGAGCGUGAUUUACCGUGAUUUUAAAGCCUCCAAUAUUCUGUUGGAUGGGAAGUUUAACCCAAAGUUGUCAGAUUUUGGGCUUGCGAAACUGGGCCCAUCCAAUGGUAACUCCCACGUCAGCACAAAUCCAGUUGGCACCUACGGCUAUGCUGCCCCUGAGUACAUUGCAACUGGACAUUUGUAUAUAAAAAGUGACGUGUACGGGUUCGGCGUGGUUCUGUUGGAGCUGCUGACCGGACUACGGGCAGUGGACCCAAACCGGCCGAGUGGGUCACACAACUUGGUGGGGUGGGCGGAGCCAUCACUGAGCAGCAAGAAGAAGAUAAAGAAACUGGUAGACCCAAGGCUCGGGGACGACUACUCGCCCAAAGGAGCCUGGGCCACAGCGGAACUCAUACUAAAAUGCUUGGAAUCGGACCCCAGAAAGCGGCCGUCCAUGGAAGAAGUUUUGGUUAUGCUAGAAAAAAUCAGUUCUCUUAAAGACAGGCCCAAGGAGCCCAAAUCAAGGGCUAGGACGCCCAGCCGUUAUUGACUUCUGGCCUCACUCCUCUGACCACUCAAACCUCAAUGUCGUUCCAAUUGGAGGCCGAUUUACAGUGAACUAUUGGCCUAUUUUAAGUGGUUAUGUAUUAAUUUCACCUUUUUUUUUUUUUUUUUAGAGUUUGUAGAUGUGAUAGUGUAUGUAUCAAUCAAAGUUAGUCCCCACUUUUUGUUUCAUAACAUAUGGAAAUGUUAGAAAAUAUUCUGAUUCUCUUGGGGAGAUGAAAGCAUUUGGUUGUGUUUCGAAACCAAAUAGUGGUUUUCUUCUGUUUCUGAAAAAAGGAAGAAUUUAGAAAAAUUGUAGAUGUA